GAGACGUAAUAGAAAUGAUAUUUCUAUUCUUGUUAUUGCUAACGGAUUAUCCCGUAGCUGCGUACAAAGCUGUGGUCUUUAUUCAUGGAUUAAAUGGAACGUCACUAGAUGGAAAUCUGAUCAAUGACAUCAUUCAAAAGUUACAUCCGGGAACCCCAUAUUAUGCAGUCAACGCAUUCGAAAGACUUCAAACCUUAUUACCGUUAUGGGAAGAAGUUAACAUUGUCAAACCAUAUCUUCUGAAAUACAUGAGAGCUCACCAGGAAGGAAUCCAUCUUAUUUGCUAUUCCCAAGGAGGUCUGGUAUGUCGCGGCUUGCUGUCCACUAUUCCUGAUCACAAUGUCGACACUUUUAUAGCCCUUAGUUCUCCUUUGGCGGGGAUUUUCGGAGACUGGAAGUUCACACAUAAGUGUUUUCCAAACUUUGUGAGAGAUAAUGCAUAUAGAUUUUUAUAUAGUAAGAUUGGACAAGAAAUUUUCCUAGGAAAUUAUUGGAAAGAUCCUCAUCAUCUAGAUCUGUAUAGAAAAUUUUCCAAAUUCUUGGCUCCACUGAACAAUGACUCCAUGUCGCCCAACGUGGCAGAAUACAAACAAAAUUUUUUGCGGAUAAAGAAGUUAAUCCUGAUUGGUGGUCCCAAUGACGAUGUCAUUUCACCAUGGCAAUCAAGUCAAUUUGGAUUCUACAAUGAGAUGGAGGAAGUACAAGGAAUGAAAGAGCAAAUGUUUUACAAAGAAGAUUCGUUUGGUCUUAAAACCAUGGAUGAACAAAACAGGAUAAAAACCUAUACAAUUCCGAAUAUCCACCACAGACAUUGGGUCCGUAACCUAACAGUGAUUAAGGAUGUCAUCGUGAAAUCACUGACUUGAAAUUAAAUGACCUUGUCUUGAUGUGAAUUUACAUGCAAGUUUACAUGUAGACCAUGUGAAGGAGGAAUCGCAUUUUAACGACUUUCACAGGAUCUUUUAUUUUUAGAAACAUUACAAUUCAAACAGAAUUUUUUACCUUGUUCUAUCCCAAACCUUAACUAAACCUAUUGUAUAAUGUUUCAUUAAAAAAAAACAGAACAAACCUGUAGAAUUUGUAGGUUAAGGUCACUUGAGUCAUUUAUGGCAAGAGGUCCACGUGAGAUUUUCAAAAGAUUUUUAUAUUCCCAUGAAAAAUUGUGACCCAUGUUAUUGCCCCAUCCUUGCUCUUAUAGAUGUCUGAAUUCACACAACAUGGGGAUGUUUCAGUAUUAAUAUGAUUGUAUGACCUUGCAGAAAUGGAGAAAAAACUUCUAUUCCUGUAUACAUGCAGUAUGAAAAAUUUCAUCCUGAUUUAAGCUAAUUUUCGCUCUUGGUCCUUGAUUUAAAAAAAAUAAAUACACAAAACUUUCGAAUGUUUGCAAAUUAAUGUUCCUUUUGCGAAUUUUGGAAUUUUUUUUUAUCCUUAUCAAGUCCAAUUAAAAACUGAUCUCAUAUAUAUUGUUGUCUCAAUUUACCGCCGGAGUCAUGAUUCGAACAAUAAAUACAAGUACAUUUUC